GAGUUUCGGUUCGGUCCAACUGUUUUGGGGAGGAGCUUUGAUUAUGUGGUCAGCAGCUAGGCAGACGCUGAUUGCAGCCCAUACAGCUGAGAGCGAACUCUACUCACUUGCAGAGGGCCAUCUCAUGGGAAAAGCUUUGCGACCUACAGUGGCGGCAUUGAUGAACGUGGUGGAAAGUGACAUUGCAGGACGGUUGUACUGCGAUAACGCAGCUGCUGUUCAGCUUUGCGUCUUGGAGGCUGGCUCAUGGAGGCUUGAGGACUUGAAGAAGUUGUGUGAUCUGAUGGAUCCGUAUAGUGAACCGAACAAUGAG